AUCGAGCUCAUAUCGAGCUCGCUGAACCCUUGAAGAUGGAGUACGACCCUGAAACUCCGCAAUACAGCACUGGCGACCCAACAUCCUUCGCCUACAUCUCUGCGCGCGAACGUUGGCCGGUCAUCAUCACUCAAGGUAUCGACGACGUCCACCGGUCUGCCUGGGCUACACAAGAUGAAGAGGUGUUAAAAGAGGGGAAGUGGAUCGUCUCAGAGCUAGCGAGACUGAAGUACGAGCUCCAGCAUGAUAGAGAGAUAACUCCACUACCUGAUGACGGAAGAGAGGAUGUGGAGGGAUACAAUAAGGAAUUGAAGGCCUUAGGAAACCCCCGGUGGCAUUCUGUGCCGUGGUUAUACUCGGAAUGCUAUUUGUACAGACGCAUCUCAAGCAUUUUCCAACAAACGCAGAAAUGGAAAUCCUACGAUCUCUUCGCUCGCCAAAAGAUGUCGACCUUCCGAUCCUCUCGGCCGGCUGUGCUUGAGUUAGCCGCACGAUACAAGGACAUCGUCACGGGGUUCGAAUCGGAGCACACGAUUAAAGGGGCGAAGACUCAGGAAGAGCUAGAAGAAGCAGAGAAGAUCUUAUUCAUUGAGAUGUGCGAAAUAUGUCUGUGGGGAAACGCAACCGAUCUGUCUCUCCUGACUAAUCUGUCUUACGAAGACAUUCAGAAGCUGCAGGGUUCGGAAGCACGAAAGGCUUCGGAAAAGAAUAUUGUCGUCAAUGACCUCGGGAAAGCGUUCGCUGUCCUCACUUCGGCCCAGCAUUCCGGCAAGAAGGAGAGGAGGGUUGAUAUUGUGCUUGACAAUGCAGGCUUCGAACUCUUCGUGGAUCUAAUCUUGGCAGGAUACCUUCUCGCUGCCGGGCUUGCCGCAACGGUCGUCCUCCACCCCAAGACAAUACCAUGGUUCGUCUCAGAUGUCUUGCCUCAAGACUUCGCUUCUCUUAUCUCAGCUCUAGCGGAUCCGCAGGCGUUUUACAGCGCUCUAUCUGAUGACGACAAGCAGGCUGGAAAGACGCCCACGCCGCUUUCUAACGCCGAAGUAUCUAAUCUGAGCUUCCUCUUCGGCCACUGGAGCCGUAUACAUGCUGAAGGCCAACUCGUUCUUCGCCCUAAUAUGUUCUGGACCGAGGGAGGUAGCUAUUGGAGGUUACCAAAGACUGCACCAAGCCUGUACGAAGAUCUGAAGGAGAGCGAACUCGUAAUUUUCAAGGGAGAUCUGAAUUAUCGGAAGCUGACUGCAGAUGCGGCAUGGCCUACAACCACCCCUUUCUCGGAAGCUAUUGGUCCCAUGGGCCCGGCAUCCGGUGUUCGUAUUCUUGCAUUGAGGACUUGUAAAGCUGACGUAGUCGUUGGAUUACUCGAGGGCGAGGACGAGAGGAUAAAAGCCACAGAGGGCGGUGGAGAGGAUAGCGGGGCAAGGAAGUGGGCAUGGAGUGGUAAAUGGGCCGUCGUGCAAUUCAGCGAUGGCAAAGCCUGAAUGCAGGUUUGGUAAUCCCGUCGCCUCGAGUCCAAAGCAUGUUAUGUCUAGGUGCUAUAGAUUAUAAGGGAUAGAACAAUUUAGAAAGAG